GGACAAUUGGCUUUGUUGACACACUGAAAGGCGGUAGAUGAAAAUUGUUUAUUGGUGUGAGAAGCAUGAUGUGUUUUUGUGAUUGAAGGAAUCUGAUGAAAGACAUGGACGAUUUUGUAGUAGUUCAAGUGGAAGAAAUAUUACACUCCAGAUGUUGUUAUCGUCUGGUCUGCUUGAGCCUGGUGAGGGCACUAUGGCCAUUGAAUACCUGGGACAGCGUUUCGUAGGAGAUCUCCUGCCUGAUGGUAAAAUUAAAUCCCAAGAAACUGAUAUAAUCUUUGCUUCUCCAAGUGCUUGGGCAAUCCAUUGUAAACGAAUUAUCAAUCCAGAUAAAAAAUCUGGUUGUGGUUGGGCAUCGGUUAAAUACAAAGGAAGAAAGUUGGAUGUCUAUAAAAACGCUUGGUUCAGGAAGAAAAAGGAAGAAGAACAGGAUAAAGAAAACAGAGAUACAGAUGACGAUGAAAUGGAGAAGGAAAAGCUCGUGUCAGUGCAGCGGAUUGUGAAACAUAAUGUGUUAGGAAUUCGUUCCAUCAAUCAUGAUCCAAACACGUUGGUUGAGAGCACAGCAUUUUCAAGCCUGGGGAAAAUUCAGCCAUUUCUGGUUUCCAUGUCUACUAAUGCUGUUCUUGUUAUGGACUUCCAUUGUCAUUUAACUACCUCAGAAGUUGUGGGAUAUUUAGGAGGUCAUUGGGAUGUGAACGCACAUAAUCUCGCAAUCACACAUGCGUUCCCCUGCAAAUGUCGCUUGGGAGACAGGGAAAUGGCACCACUUGUUGAAGCAGAUAUUUACCGUGCAAUGGAACAACGUCACCUUACGCUUGUGGGAUGGUAUCAUUCCCAUCCCUUCACAGCAGCCACACCAACACUACGGGAUAUAGAUGCUCAGUUGGAGUAUGAAAUAAAGAUGAAAGGAAACAGUGAUGCUAGUUACACACCAUGUGUUGGUGUCAUCUGCUCUCCAUACAAUAAAGAUAACCAGUCUCUAGAGUCUGCUAUUGUGAGCUAUUGGGUGAUGCCGCCUCCAGAGAGCAAACCUCAUGAUUAUGGGAAGCCAAUGCUUAUGAGUUACAGUGUUGUGCAGGACCAGUUCCUAUCCCAAGAUGCACUUAAUGAAAUGAAACGUUGUGUUGACUUCUAUAGAAAUGAAAGUGACUUUAUAAAUUUCUCGGAAAGUUACAGAGGAAACAUUAGCUACCUUGAUAAGCUCAAGACAACAUUAUCAUCAAAAUUCCCACGUGAUCAAAGUGAUGGCAUCCUUUGGAGUUUCAUUUGUGACCUUGUGUGCCCUGGGGGAGGAGCUACAGAAAAUGGUCUUAGUUUUCUGAAUAAAUUAUUUGGCAGCCCAGAAAUUCAAAAUAGUAGUCCUGUCCCCUUGGAUAAAGUGAACCUCCUAGUUCCCAGCAUUCCAAUGGCAUCCUCGGCUAAAUCAUCACCUGUUAACUUGGCAGGUGGGAAUAUGAUGAUGAGUGCGGACAUUGCUGCAGCAUUAUUUGGAAGCGGAAAGUUUCCAUCGCCUACAUCUCUCAUGGGUUUAUCUGCAGAAGCUAGUAGGUCUUUAAUUGGAUCAAGUGGUAUUAGCAACAUGUUUAUGCCACCUUUGGGUUUUAAAAUGGAUAAUAUUAGUUUAUUGAAACCUCUUACAAACACAGUUUCUAAUCCAGUGGCAAGUACUUCAAAAGCUUCCAGUCCUGUAGCUUCCAGUCCUGUUUCAGACACUAGAAGUGCAUCACCAGCAAAGACACCACAGACUGAACCUGUAAAUCUGACAGCUGCAGAAAGUACUGAAAAAAAUUCUACAAUGAUAAACAUGGAAACAACAUGAAACUCCAUGUUUUAAUUUUAAUGUUGUAGUUAUUAUAGUAUUUUAAAACUGUAAUUUAUAUUUAACAUUUUCUAAGCAGUUCACUUUCCCAAGUGACAAUUUUCUAUUUUGUUGACGUGUGAUGAGGGAUAUAGAAUAUGGACCAUUUUGGAAUAGUGCAGGUAAUGUCUGUACAUUAUGUACAGGCUGGAUAAUAUGACUGGAAACACUUGUUUGAUUUUUGUAUUAUCGGAAUACACUUACUUUCAUUGAAGCAACAGAAAUUUCUGUGCAGACAUUUCUGGUUAAGGAGUUCUUCAUGUCUCAGAAUCUCCUUUUAGGGAUUGUGUGGAUAAACUGUGUGUUUAUUUUAGAAUUACUGGUAGGAGUCAGCCAGCAAAAGUGACCACCUGAGUAUUACAGAUAUGUUAAAACAGGGCUGAGAAUUGAGCACAGUCCCUUGUGCUUUACAGGCAGUGCUCUUUCUUGUGGAAUCAAAGCACUUGACACACAUCAUCUCAGUAAGUCAGUAUGACACUGUGUCUCUCCUUUCUCACCAUAUCCAUAUUGGUCUUCGUUUCCUUUUACUGCCAUUGACAACGAGAAACAUUUUACUGAAACAAAUGUACAGUAAUAUUUUUAUUAUACAGUGCCUUUUACGUUCAUGUUGUGUAAUACAUAUGUGAUAAAACUGAAUGGCUGAUGUAAGUUUUGAAAGGCAUUAUGAGGGAAAAAUAUGAAUUUACUUAUGUAGGUUAUGUAAUAGUGACAUUAAUGUCAUGGGGUUCUUAAAAAUUUUGUCUUCAUUGUUGUAAAUAAAAAAUUCUUUGCUCUGAAUAGGAUAUUGAAACUGGUGAUGUAAUAUUUAUAGUGGGUCAGUAUUGGUAAGUGUCUUAUUUUGAUUUUCUGAGCUGUAAAAUCAUAUGUACUCUCUGAUGCAUUUGAUGAUUUACCAGUAACAAAGUGAUGGACAGUACAGGAUGAAUGUAUCCCAGCUAGGUGGAAAAGUUGCUGUUAUGGAUCUUCUGGCUCUGUACACUAAAUUAUACAUGGCUUAAUUUUACCUGAGAUUAUUUUAGAAAAUUUGAGUGUGUCCUGAGAUGCUACAAGCGUUGUUGUGUAAAGUUAAUACUGAUCCCAUUGAGUAGAUAUGAUGAUGCUAUAAUUUUUGAAACAUUGGACCUGGCUUUAUACUUUUUGGUGUAUGUUGUUUUUCAGGCGUUGGAAAAUCCAGGAUGGAAUGUAACAAUAUUAUUUUUUCAUAAUUUUCAUAAUAUUGUUAUUUCAGACAUCGUUUCAUCUCUGUACCUAGCUUAUUUCAGACAUCGUUUCAUCUCUGUACCUAGCAGCAGACUCAUUCUGCUAUAUUCUAGAAACAGUGGAAAUAUCCGUUGUAACUAAAGUAAUUUCCUACUUCUUAACAACAUUGUACCAUUUUAGACUUGUAUUAUUUAGUCUUGUACUAUUCAACACAAUUUUUCCUGCCUGUGAUCAAGACCUUAAAUUAGUUGCUUUGUGAAUCUGAAUAAUGUAGUCUUCUGCUCUUUUCCUUUGCUUUAUGCAACUUAUACCUCACAUAAUUAGUUCUGAGAAUAGUAAGAAAACUUAAAGUAAUAUAUCCUCCAAUAUUAAGCACUUGUAAAGGUGUGGGAUGAGUAUAAGACAUCUUGAAGUGUGGGAAGUUUAGCACAUCACUGAAAAUAUGCCAACAUUACUUGGAAAACUGUGAAUGAAUAAAAAGAUGUGCAUCCAAAAUAUUAAAAAUCAUACAGUUACUAAGACACAUAGAUAACAGCAAUUGACAAGUCUGUUGUAAAUAGACCUGGAUAAAUUAGUGCAAGGUAGCAAAGAAAAUUUAAUGAUAAUUCAACAUAUUACAGAAAUAAGUUGCAUUUACAUAACAGGCCCAUUUGUGGGAUACCAUUGGUUAAGGUAUAGGUUGCAUUACUAAAAUCACAAAUUUAACAGUUUCUUUAAACAAAAUUUUAUCAGAAAUAUAUUAACUAUUACAGAAAAAAUCCUUUUAUAUGUUAAGCGGGAGAGAGGAGGGAGCACCUAUAUGGAACACAAUCAUUCUUUAUAUCUCUCUUUAGCUUGAAUAACAGCCUCCAUACUGAAGAAAUGUGGGGGCAUCUCAUAAGUCUUGCUAGGCCCAACUCUAAGCAUGUGAAGAAUGGCAGGAAGUUUUGUUUUGGCAACAGUUGGGAUGUUCUCCGGCUCAUGUGAAAGCCAGUGGUCAUUUCUCCUGUUGAUUUUUGUAUCUACCAUGAAAUCUCCUUGGAAAAGAGUCUGAUUUGCUCCACUUCAUUAAUUUCGAAUGAACACAGAAGAAAACUGCAGCAGCCGACUUGUUUUGCCCUAUCAGUCUUGAAAAGCAUGUCUUUACUUUCCGUGUUUGGAGUUUAUUUUGAAUGUCCUCAUUGACAAUUCUACUUGUUGUUGGUCCACUUACACCAUUAACGAUUGCCAGUGAUCACAAUAAAUGCCUGGGAUUCUCUAAAAUCUGCAUUUGACCUCUUUCAAAAACUGCAAGUGUUCUCACAGUGCAGACUUUCAAAUGGCACUCCCUUGCCGGUACACGGAAAUAUUUGUUUAAGUGAUGUCGAGGCAGAUAUUUUGUAGCAAUAUCGUGAAUGGUGUCUUUCCAUUAAUUAAAGAAGUGAAUUAUACCUGCGGCUGAGAGACCAAUUUUGAAGGCCUUUGGCAGUCGAGCUUUUUUUUAAAGUCAGAUACAGUACUUUCUUUCAAGAACUCGGGCAUUAUGAGAUUAGGACUGGUUACUAAAAACAGUUGGAGGUGACCUCUGAUGGAAGCAGGGUAGGAUGUUUAAAUUUGUCCAAAUUUUGGUCAUGCACCCUGCAGAAGUCAGAAAUGUGAGUUCAAGGAUUACGUGCUAGAAGUUAAAACAUAAAACAAUAAUUGUGGUAACAUCAUCUGAGGAAUAAGCUGUAACACAAAUAAUAGCUUGAAAAAAUGAAAGUUGGUGUACAACAGUAUUAAUGUGAAAUAAUGACAGUGUUGUCCUAAGUUAGCAUUGCCUGUAUGGGUGCAUCCUUUUUCAGCAGACACCACUCAGAUCUUUUUAUAAGUACAAUUACAUGAGCAGUAUUAGAAAGAAGGAAAUUUUGGAGCUCGAAAAGGCUGUUACACAUAUUAUUUUUGGCACUUUAGUUGAAGAUUAACUUUUACAUUUUCUCAAAAGCAAUUGUUUUGUUUGUAAAUGAUGUGUCGACAGAAGUGCCGACACAGUGUGAUUUGAGGGGACCGCAAUGCACACUAUAAACACACGAAGGAUGGCGUGAGGUCUGAAACAGGAUACGUGAUGAAUGCUAUAA